AUGGGCAAAGCAGAAGUCGGCAGCACGAAAUAUGUCGCCAACAAAAUGAAAGCCAAAGGCCUGCAGCGCCUCCGCUGGUACUGCCAAAUCUGCGAAAAGCAAUGCCGCGACGAGAACGGCUUCAAACAACACACCAUGUCCGAAGGCCACGUCCGCGCCAUGCUGCAAGUCGGCGAAGAUCCGCGGAAGUUCAUCAACGACUACAGCAAGCAAUUCCAGCGGGACUUUCUACAACUCCUCCGGACGGCGCACGGAGAGAAAAAGGUGCACAUGAAUCACUUUUACCAGGAGUAUAUCCGGGAUAAAGAGCAUGUCCAUAUGAACUCGACGAAGUGGCCGAGUUUGACGGAGUUUGCGAAGCAUUUGGGACGGGAGGGGAUUUGUAGGGUCGAGGAGGGGGAUAAGGGGUUGGAGAUUCAGUGGAUUGAUGAUAGUGCUGAGGCGAUUCGGAGGAGGGAGGAUAUCAUGAAGAAGGAGAGGUUGAUGAAGGGGGACGAGGAUGUGGAGAGUCGACUAUUGGCGCAGCAGAUCAAGAGGGCGAAGGAGGCGGAGGCGGCGAGGUUGGCAGCGCUGAGGCCGGAUCCAGCCAAGGAGUCACCAGAGGAGACGCCUGGACAACCUGCUGCGCCGCUGGAGCCGAUCAAAGUUUCGUUGAGCUUGAAGGCGAAGGUAUCCGCAAAGACGACCGCACAAACGGAAGAGCCUAAGCCAAGCGAACAGUCAGAGAAUGCAGACAAGACAGAGAAGGCAGAAGAGGAGUCAAAAGCAGAUGCGGCAGAGCCAGCCGCCGCAGCUCCAGCGAAGGUAUCACUUUCACUAGCGAAGAAAGGAAAGCCCAUCAACCCACUCGCGAAGAAGAACCCCUUCGCGAAGAAGAAGGAAGUCUUUGCGCCGGAGCCGGAAAAGAAGAUGAGUAACCUCGAGCGAAUCAUGAAGGAGGAUCUUGAGCGGAAACGACUGGCUGACGAGCGUGGGCAUGGUGGUGGGAAGAGGCAGAGACUGGGCUAG